AACUUUCUCCAAGAAUUGUACUCGAUUGCCUGAUCUCUUUAGCCAUGGCCUCCUCUCGAGCUUCUACUGCGGCUUGCUUCUUCUUGGCGCUCUGUUUAUCUAGUAUCGCUUUAGCUGGUAACUUCUAUCAGGACGUAGACAUCACUUGGGGUGAUGCCCGCGCCAAGAUCCUCGACGACGGGCAGCUCCUCAUGCUCUCCCUCGACAAGUAUUCUGGCUCUGGAUUCCAGUCCAGGAAUCAAUACCUCUACGGCAAGUUCGAUAUGCAGCUCAAGCUCGUCCCCGGCGACUCCGCCGGAACGGUGGCCACCUUUUACUUAUCUUCGCAAGGAAACACACACGACGAGAUCGACUUUGAGUUCCUGGGGAACCUCAGCGGAGACCCUUACGUUGUCCACACCAAUUUGUAUACCCAGGGGAAGGGGGACAGAGAGCAGCAGUUCUACCUCUGGUUUGAUCCCACCAUGGACUUCCACACCUACUCUGUCCUAUGGAAUCCUAGGCAUAUUGUCUUCUCUGUGGACGGCACACCCAUAAGAGAGUUCAGGAACAGAGAGUCCGCCGGCGUGCCGUACCCGAAGAGCCAAGCGAUGAGGGCCUACGCGAGCCUGUGGGACGCCGACGACUGGGCCACCAGAGGUGGGCUGGUGAAGACGGACUGGUCCAAGGCGCCAUUCACCGCGUCCUACAGGAACUACACCGCCAAUGGCUGUGUCUGGAACUCCGGGGCCUCCUCCUGCGCCAUGGGCAGCAACUCGUGGAUGUGGCAGGAGCUGGACUCGAAUGCCAUGAACAGGUUGAAUUGGGUUCAGAAGAACUACAUGAUCUAUAACUACUGCACUGAUCCGAAGAGGUUUCCACAGGGACUGCCUCGUGAGUGCAAUGCGAGCUAGAAGCACUUGUUCUGUGACCAUGAUGAUGCCCAUGUUCCUAGGAACGAUGAAUAAAGCCAGUUGUGUGUAUUUUAGACAGUAAUAUAUCACAUCACUUCACUCUUA